UUCAUGACUUGUUUAUUUCAGCAAGAAUAAUUUGGAAGAAUAUCAAUAUCAUUUCAUUAGUACCAUAUUUAAAACAGUUGGAGUGAUUGAUAACAGCAAAAUGGAAAAUAUUGUAUAAUGCAAAUGAGGCAAUACUAAUUAUAAAUAUAGUAUCGUUAUUGCAAAUACUUUUUAUUUGGUUAUUAUACGCGGAAAAUUUAUCAUUCAUUUUUACUCUAGUCUAAAAAUAGAACCUCGAAAGUAUUAUUUCAUAAUUUAUCUAUAGACCUUUUAAAUAUGGAACCAGUAUUAUAGGUAAAGGUACAUAAAUAAAUUAAAAAGUUAAAAUGGAGGAUAAUGGUGAAAUUGAAUCUACAGAAUUACCACUUACAGUCACCUCAAGUGGAGAUAACUCUAAAAAUCAAAAAGAAGCUGUAAAUGUUUCAAGUAUUCCUCAAACAUUCGAGCAGAUUCCUGUUGAAAAUGUUUCAUUACCAAGCCAUUUACCUGCAUACACAGAUAUUACUGCCACUGCCAUACAAAAUGUGAAUAAUGUUCCUUCUUCAGAAGACAUUAGUUUACCACUACUUCAACUUCAACCUUCUAAUAUGUUGCCAGGUGCCAUAACAACCAUUGGACUUCCUAUUGAUCCACAUUUGGUGCAAUUAACGCCAAGCACCAGGAUUACAAAUACUAUGGUUUUACCACAUGAGCAGUCUGAACUAGUAGAAAAAUUAUCAUCGGUGCCAAUUAUGUCUGCAAGUUCUACAGAUUUGCCAAGUAUAGCAAAUUGCAUUUCAGUUGGAAUGAUUGGGCAGCCAUUAAUGUCUGUAGCAUCAGCAUCUUCUGAUACUUCCCUAACUUCUCAAAAUUUGCCCAAUAGCUCCAAAGAACAGAAUUUAGAUCUCACUGAAAAUGUUUGCCAUACUGCCAUGGAUCAAGACUGUACAAAUAUUGAUACACUGCAAACUGGAAGUGUUUCGCAAAACGGUAGAGAUAGUGAAAAGGUAUGUGAUGUUACAAACCAAGAGUCUGCUGUUGAUUCAAUGAAGACUGAUAAAACACAAACUGUUGGUUCAGAUGAGGUUGAUAAUAAGUGUAUAGACAGUUCAACACAGCAUCAAAAUGACCCUGAUAUUAUUGAAAAAAUUGGUUUCAGUGUCCCAAAUGAAAAACUUGAUACUGAAUUUUCUCCAAAAGAUAUUACGAAGGCAGAUGACAUGGAAGUUGAGAAUAUAAUGGAACAGAAGAUUAAAAAAGACAAUGAAAAUAAAGAACAAGCUAUAUAUGAUGUUACAGAUUCUGCAGGUGUUGACAAAGUAAAACAAAGUCAGUUUCUUACAACAUGUGAAUUGAAAGAAACAAUCGAAGAGGAAGAAAGUAGCAGAGAUUCUUUAGUUGAAACAAAGGAUGUUACAAAAAGUGAUGAAAAGAAAACAAAUAAAGGUGCAGACACUGUUGAUAAUGAAGAAGCAGAAUUUAUAUGGGAGAAACAUUUGGAGGAGACAAAUUCAGUUUCAAUUCCUCCAACAGCAUUUAAACACGUUGAGUACAGUUUAGAGAGUGGAUUUGUAAAAGGAAUGAAAUUAGAAGUGCCAAACAAAUGUAAUACAGAUACAUACUGGGUAGCUUCAGUACUUAUGACAUGUGGACCAUUAUUACGAUUACGAUUUGAUGGGUAUGAGGAUGACAACUCGGCUGAUUUUUGGUGUGACCUGAUGACCUCUGAAAUUCAUCCUAUAGGAUGGUGUGCUCAGAAUAACCAAAUUUUACAACCACCAGAAGCAAUCAAAGACAAGUUUGAUGAUUGGAGAGAUUUUCUUGUGCGGUCAUUAACUGGUGCCCGUACAGCCCCUUCUUAUCUUUUAGAUAAGAAUACAGGAAUAACUCCAAUAGAUCAGCUCAAACAAGGCAUGAGAUUAGAACUCCAGCAUCCUAUCAAUCCAUUAGAAGUUUGGGUAGUCAAGAUACUGGAGAAUGUUGGUGGCCGUCUGUAUCUGAGGUUUGAAGGUGUAGAAACUGCAACCCACGAUUUCUGGCUAUUCUACUUAAACCAUAGACUGCAUCCCAUUGGAUGGGCUAAAGCUCACGGAUUCAGAUAUCUACCACCAAAAGAGUUGAUAAGUGAAGAUAGUGAGACAGAUUGGCCAGAAGUAUUGAAGACAGCUUUGAAAGAUGCUGAGAAAUUUGUUUUACCACUUGCCAUUUUUAAGGACCAAGAGGAAGUGAAUGAGCAUAAUUUUGAGAUAGGUUGGAAGCUUGAAGCUCUCAAUCCUAUAAAUAAAACACAGAUAUGUCCUGCGACUGUACUAUAUGUUUUAAAUUCACGUUAUUUUGUUGUUGAAAUUGAUGACUUGGCAAAUACAGAAGAAAUGUGUAGGAUAAGAUUCUCAUGUUAUUCUGGAUCUAAGUGUAUAUUUCCUAUGAAGUGGUGUCGGUCAAAAGGCAUAAAUGUUACUCCACCUAAUGGUUGGCCAAAGUCAACUCUUUCAUGGGAGGACUAUUUGGAUUAUUGUAAAGCAGAGGCAGCACCUAAUUCAUGUUUCCCUGAGAGAAAAUUUGACAAAGACAUUGAACCUGGAAUGAAAUUUGAAGCAGUUAAUCCAGAAAAUCCUAAUCAAAUAUGUGUAGCUACCAUAUCAAGAGUGUUUGAACCAUUACUGUGGAUUCACCUAGACAACAUCCCAUUGUAUGGUAGCAGCCAUAUUGAACAUUUUGAAUCACACAACUUGUUUCCAGUUGGUUGGUGUGAAAGUAAUGGGUACCAGUUGAAAACUCCAGUAAAGGUUAAGAAAUCUGCUGUUUUAUCAGAGGUUACUGAUUCAACAAAUGAGGUCUUACAUUCAAAACAAGGUGGAGAAUGGGUCAAUAAAGUAUAUUACAACCAUCAUUGUUUCUCUGGUCCCCAUCUGAGUAAGAGUAGAAUAGCAUCUUUACCAAAAUGUGUUGGUCCUGGACCAAUAUUUCUUGUGAUGAAAGAGGUGUUAUCCAUGCUGAUAAAUGUGGCUUACAAACCCUGCAGGGUGCUUAAAGAACUUCAGCUGGAGGGCAGACCUAAUUCUGAUAUGUACCAACAAAUAUUAAAAGCCAAGUACAAAGGAAAGAGUUACAGAGCAGUUGUAGAAAUAAUUCAGCAUGCAGACAAAUUACCAGAGUUCUGUAGGAAAAUAUGUACAAAGUUAGAGUGCUGUCCAAAUCUUAUCAGUCAAACCUUUAUAAAUGGAGAAUGUCCUGAAAAAUGCUCACAACUUACAAAAACUCAGUACACAUAUUAUAAUCCAAAAAAGAAAGUGGGUCGACCACCUGGCGGUCACACUAACUUAGAAAAUGGUCCCAAAAAGCCAGGAAAGAAGAAAAAGAAGAAACGAAUGAAAAUUCUUACCCAAGAAGGGGAGACAAAUGCAGAAGAAAAUGGCAGCAUUGCUGAUGGGGAUGGGGACGAGGACAAAGAAAGCGUAUCUAGUGAAACUAAAACAAUAGAAAGUGGAGAAAAUCAAUAUAAUGGUGAUCCAACAUUAAAAAGGAAAUAUGUUCACCAUAUUCCAUUGCCUUCAGAAAUCAAAACAAGAGGAGCUAAAUUACCUAAAUAUAGUUUUGAGAGAAAAACACAUAAGAAGAUUCCAGUACAAGACAAACAUCAUAUUCAUAACAAACCUCAUAAAAAGCAUCAUGUACAUGUAAAAGAAGAAAAACAGACAUCUCCCCAUACCUCACCUGUAAAGAAUGCUAUGAAACUGAGCAGUAAUCCAUUGCAUUGGUCAGUUCAGGAAGUUGUUGGCUUUAUAAAGGGAACAGAAUGUGCUCCAGUAGCAAGGUUAUUCAGAGAACAGGAAAUUGAUGGCCAAGCUUUACUUUUGUUGACUCUGCCUACAGUACAAGAAUACUUAGAACUCAAAUUAGGUCCUGCCAUUAAACUUUGCCAUCAUAUAGAACAGAUUAAACUAGCAUUCUUUCAGCAAUAUGCUAAAUGAUUGUUGGAAUGAGAUUUUGAUUUUUGAUUUUUUGUAUACUAACAUAUGAUGGUUUUGAUAUUAUUGAAGCUAUUGGGAAUUUUGUGGGUCUUUAUAUUGUUAAAUGAGUUAUUAAACUAAGGCAGAAAUCUAAAGUUUGCAUGAUGAAAUGAUGUCAUUUUAGAGGGAAGCCACACUCUGAAACAGUGCAAUUUCAACAGUUAUAAAUGCACAAAAAGUUUCUGUAAUUAAUCUACAUUUUCUUUUAAUUACUCAUCAUAACUCAAUCUGUCAAAGAAUUUAACUUUGUAUUUUUUCUCAAAUACAGGAUAAAUAUUUUGUCUGUCAUUUCUGUUAACCAAGUCAUAUCUUCAACAUUUGUGAUACCUUUUUGACUAAUGACACAGGCCUUAUAUAAUUGCAUUUGCUAUUUUCUAAAAUUUUUGUUCUGGUCUUCCUAAAUGAUAAUUUUUCAUCUAGCUCUUGCUACUGAAGAGUGAUGAGAUUUUCUCAGUUGUGUAUAGAGAAAAAAAACAAGAAAAUAAAUAACCCUUAAUCAAAUAUGAAAUGUUUACUGACAGUAGUACAAUAUUGUUUUUAGAACUCUGUGAUAAAUUUCUAUUGCUAUUUUGCAUAGACUGCAUGUUGUUAGCUCACCUGGCCCAAAGGGCCAAGUGAGCUUAUGCCAUCACUUGGCGUCCGUCGUCGUCUGUCGUCGUCUGUCGUCGUCCGUCGUCGUCUGUCGUCGUAAACUAUUUCAAGAAUCUUCUCCUCUGAAACUACUGGGCCAAAUACUUCCAAACUUUAAAUAAAUGUUCCUUAGGGUAUCAAGUUUAUAAAUUGUAUCCGAAGUUUUGAUCUAUCAACAAACAUGGUCGCCAUUGCUAAAAAUAGAACAUAGGGGUCAAAUGCAGUUUUUGGCUUAUAACUCAAAAACCAAAGCAUUUAGAGUAAAACUGACAUGGGGUAAUAUUGUUUAUCAGGUCAAGAUCUAUCUGCCCUGAAAUUUUCAGAUGAAUCAGACAACCCAUUGUUGGGUUGCUGCCCCUGAAUUGGUAAUUUUAAGGAAAUUUUGCUGUUUUUGGUUAUUAUCUUGAAUAUUAUUAUAGAUAGAGAUAAACUGUAAACAGCAAUAAUGUUCAGCAAAGUAAGAUCUACAAAUAAGUCAACAUGACCGAAAUAGUCAGUUGACCCCUUUAGGAGUUAUUGCCCAUUAUAGUCAAUGUUUAACCAUUUUUUCGUAAAUCUUGGUAAUCUUUUACAAAAAUCUUCUCCUCUAAAACUACUGGGCCAAAUACUUCCAAACUUUAACUGAAUGUUCCUUAGGGUAUCUAGUUUGUUAAUUGUAUCCGAAGUUUUGAUCUAUCAACAAACACAGUCUCCAUUGCUAAAAAUAGAACAUAGGGGUCAAAUGCAGUUUUUGGCUUAUAACUCAAAAACCAAAGCAUUUAGAGCAAAUCGGACAUGGGGUAAUAUUGUUUAUCAGGUCAAGAUCUAUCUGCCCUGAAAGUUUUAGAUGAAUCAGACAACCUGUUGUUGGGUUGCUGCCCCUGAAUUGAUAAUUUUAAGAAAAUUUUGCUGUUUUUGUUUAUUAUCUUGAAUAUUAUUAUAGAUAGAGAUAAACUGUAAACAGCAAUAAUGUUCAGCAAAGUAAGAUCUACAAAUAAGUCAAUUUGACCAAAAUUGUCAAUUGACCCCUUAAGGAGUUAUUGCCCUUUAAAGACUUUUUUCACAAUUUGCUCAUCAUGUUGACUUACUUUAAAAAAUCUUCUCCUUUGAAACUGCUGUAUCAAUUUCAGCCAAACUUAGGCUAAAUGAGUUUCAGAGUAUCUAGUAUAAAUUUUAUAUUUUAUUUCCUUGUAUGUCAAGAAACAUAGCUCCUAUGGCUAAAAUAGAACAUAGGAGAAAAUGAUUUUUUUUUUUUGGCUUUUGAAGAAAAUAGGACGAUCCAAAGAACAUUUAAAUAAAUUGAAAAGCCAAAAUAAUCAUUGAUGAGAGAUUUAACCAAAAGAAUUAAGGUGAGCGAUUCAGGCUCUUGAGAGCCUCUUGUUUUAUAAAGUUAUUGUUUGAGCAUUGUUUAUUUUUGUUUAAGAUAAUCUACUAUGUAAAAAUUGAGAUUUUAUUUUAAAUAAACAACUUGAAUCUUUAAUUAAAUGGUUGUUGCUAAAAUGUUGAUACCUGUUGUACAUAUACUAGAAUUGUAUUGAUUUUCUGUAGGUGUUAAAAUAUUGAAUGCAUUUACAUAAAAAACCUUGUAUAAAUUAUAUUUACACAUGCCUUUGAAUGAAGUUUUGAUAAGUUAAUAGACAAAUUAUCUACAUAACAUUUUGAAAUGAAAUAAAAUUAGCAACAAUCAGAAAUAUCACCAACUGCACAGCAAUACUAUUAUCUUUAGAUGUUAUUUUCUUGACUUAUGCUCCAAAUAUUUAUAUACUCAUUAUACAGUUUAGUCAAUUACCAGUAUCUUUAAUCAAUUUUGACUUUGCACCUUAGUUAUUAUAAAAACAAUCUUAAUCAAUGAAUUUGCCAAAUUAAGGUUUUUAGAAGAUUUUUUUAGCUUCAUAUACAUGGAAUGUUUAGGUGAUAAACAAUAUGUAAAAAUUGCUCAGUUAAUAUUGUGUUUGAAGAUUCCUGCUGUUUUGUUUAUUCAGCCAAAUUCUGCUGGUGGUAUGUUGGGUACAAAAUGAUUGUCACAUUCACAAUUUCUAAUUUCCUAUUUAAGUUUAUUUAAAUCUGUAAUGUGAAUAAUUUUCUAUUUGAUCAAGAUUUCCAUGCAGUCAUGUAAUUUGAGUUGAGACUAUUUUGUGUGUAAGUGCAUGCAUGAAUGUGGGUAUUUUUUUUUUUUAUAUUGAAUGCAUUUAAAACAUGUUUUAUUAGAAUGUGAUAUAUUUGUAUAUUACCUUGUGUAUAUGUAUAUUUUAAGAACAUGAAAUAAUGUGUUCAAAAGUGCUAGGAAUUAUGUAUGCAAUAGUACUAGGCAGCAGCCAGUGAGAAUUCCCUUCAGAAGUAUUUACUGAAAUACAUAUGUGUUAAAAUGAGAUUCGAGUAGGUUAAUAAUUAGAUGAAUUUAGUUAUUAAGAUGUAAUAUCUUAACAGUAAAAAUUUCACAUGAUUGUGCCCCCUGACUUUGAAUCUCAAUGCUAUAAUGUAAUAUCUGUAAUUUAUCCACAUUUACAUACAAAUGUCUUUCAAAUGGUCACAAUAAGAUCAAAUAAUGAAUAAAUCAAUGAAAUAACAAUU